GCCCGUUCCUGGCUGUGUACUGAGCGUCAGGACUCUAAAUCCUCUUACAACGGCUCUUACGGUUAUCACUAUUUGCUGACUCAAAAAAAUCCAGGAAAUCUCACAACACUGGAGGAGGCAAUAAAAACUCAGCGACCAAGAGACUGAGAAGUCAGAAGCCACUCUGCCUACACCAGUGGAAGAGCAGGGCACACGCUGGACAUGGCCUCAGAGACCCACAUGCCAGGCCCAGUGUGCCUCGUUGAGAAUGUGAAAGAGCAACUGACAGUGAAUCAGGAAGCUCUGAAGAUCCUGUCUGCCAUCACCCAGCCCGUCGUGGUGGUGGCUAUUGUGGGUCUUUACCGAACAGGCAAAUCCUACCUGAUGAACAAGCUGGCUGGGAAGGAAAAAGGCUUCUCUCUGGGCUCCACAGUGCAGGCUCACACCAAAGGAAUCUGGAUGUGGUGUGUGCCUCAUCCCAAGAAGCCAAACCAGACUCUAGUUCUGCUUGACACUGAAGGCCUGGGAGAUGUUGAGAAAAGUGACCUCCAGAACGACUCCUGGAUCUUUGCCCUGGCCAUACUUCUAAGUAGCACCUUUGUGUACAACAGCAUGGGAAUCAUUGAUAAAGAGGCAAUGGACCGACUGCACUAUGUCACAGAGCUGACAGAUCUGAUCAGAGCCAAAUCCUCACCCGACACAAAUGAGGAUGAAGACUCAGCUGAUUUUGUGAGCUUCUUUCCAGACUUUGUGUGGACGCUGAGAGAUUUCUGCCUGGAACUGGAGCUGGAUGGACAAACCAUCUCUGCAGAUGCCUACCUGGAGAACUCCCUGAAGCUGAAGCAAGGUACCAGUCAGAAAGAGAAAAAUUUUAAUCUGCCUCGACUCUGUAUCCGGAAGUUCUUCCCAGAGAAGAAAUGUUUUGUCUUCAAUAGACCCUCUCAUCAAAAGAAGCUGGCCAAGCUGGAGAUGCUGCAUGAUGAUGAGCUGGACUCUGAAUUCGUGCAACAAGUUACAGAAUUCUGUUCUUACAUUUUUAGCUCUUCCAAGAUUAAAACUCUUCCAGGAGGCAUCGAGGUCAAUGGGCCUCGUCUGGAGACCCUUGUGCUGACCUACCUCAGUGCCAUCAGCAGUGGGGAUCUGCCCUGCAUGGAGAACGCAGUCCUGGCCCUGGCCCAGAUAGAGAACUCAGCUGCAGUGCAGAAGGCCUUGGCCCACUAUGACCAGCAGAUGGGCCAGAAGGUGCAGCUGCCCACAGACAACCUCCAGGAGCUGCUGGAGCUGCACAGGGCCUGUGAGAGGGAAGCCAUUGAGAUCUUCAUCAAACAUUCCUUCAAAGAUGUUGACCAAAUAUUUCAAAAGGAAUUAGCGGCCCAGCUAGAAAAAAAAAGAGAUGACUUCUACAAACAGAAUAUGAAAGCAUCUUCAGAUCGUUGUUCAGCUUUACUUCAAGACAUUUUCAGUCCUCUAGAAGAAGAGGUGAAACAAGGUGUUUAUUCUAAACCAGGGGGCUACCGUCUCCUUAUUCAGAAGGUAGAAGAUCUGAAGAAAAAGUACCAAGAGGAACCCAGGAAGGGGAUACAGGCUGAAGAGGUUCUGCAGAAAUACUUGCAAUCCAAGGAAGAUGUGACUAAUGCCAUUCUACAGACAGACCAGACUCUCACAGAAAAGGAAAGGCAGAUUGAAGUGGAACGUGUGAAAGCUGAAUCUGCACGGGCUACUGCAAAAAUGUUGGAGGACAUGAACAGGGAAAAGGAGCAGAUGAUGCAAGAGAAAGAGAAGAGUUAUCAGGAACAUAUCAAACAGUUGACUGAGAAGAUGGACACAGAUAGGGUCAAGAUGAUGCAAGAGAAUGAGAGGAUUAUAGCUCUUAAACUCCAGGAACAGGAGCAACUACUAAGGGAGGGAUUCCAGAAUGAGAGCAGAAGACUUCAGAAUGAGAUACAGAAUCUCAGGACAAGUGCAAAUAGGCGAAAGAAAAGAUGUGUCAUAAACUAAGGACCUGAAGAAGAGCAAAAUAAGAGAUUAAUAAAAGGAAACAGGGAAAUAGACCUUUUGCAAGUGGGAAAAGACCAAGAAAAGGAGCACUGGAGGGAAGGAGGGGAAGAGGAUAUAGAAAGAUCUAAGAUGUGUCACGUACAUGUACCAACUACCCAUGAUCAUUAUGUGUCACAAAUGGGAAUUUUAAAAAUUAAAAUGAGAGAAGGAAAUCUAGAAAUGGAAGGAGGGAGGAGGGAGGGGAGAGGAAGGGAAGUAAAAAGAAUCAAGAUACAUUCAAUAUAUGUACCCAUUCCCUAAGAUAAAGGUAAACAUUAGGUACUGCAAACAUGUACUAAUAAAAAACUUUAAAAAAUUUAAAGAAAGAAUAGACCUUCCUUUCCUAUCAUUCUUCCUCAAGGCAUAACUCAAGCAAUUUUAGAAGACAAAGCAAGUGUCACUUCACUUAGUAAUAAUUAGGUUUUGCAUGACAAUACCAAAAAUCUUCUAAGACAUUCAGUACAAUUGAAAUCAUGGCCUAGGGUCGCAGCUAAGUGGUAGACCACUUGCCUAGCUUGUGAGGCUCUGGGUUCAACCUUAUUUCCCACCAAAAAAAAAAAAACAACCUUCUUAAAAGAUUGUAAAUUGUGCACCAAGGAUGCGUCUUACCACUGUACCACUAAAGAAGAUAACACUUCCGUCAUUCAAGUGUUUCUUCUUCCAGCUGACCACCAGUAUAUAAAUGGACACCGAACACAGUCUUAGGUCAAAAUCUCACCACACAGUUGGGCACCAACUGGCCAAGUGUACAAUGCACUCUAAUGUCAGGGACAGACAUCCUAGUUUCUUACUGGAGAUAAUGUAUAGUUCAUUAUAUCAAAGCUUCCCAAUCAAUGAGCAAUAAUGGGAUUUCUGGAUGCUCAUGGGUCCAAGGUGAAGCAUGCUUCCUUGUAUAGAGAUCUACAGUCUCCAUAUAAUUUCCACAAGGAGAUGGAUGAAGCCACCAUUAUGAAAAGGAGUCUGAGUCAUAAACAAACGGGCUAACGGACUAAAUUUUCCUUCUUGCUAAAUUCAUCCAGACACAACUUUAAAGAGACAUUUUAUAACUUUAGAGAGUUAAAAAUGGAUUACACAGUAACAUAAAAAUUACACAUUGUGACUAUGUAGUAGCAAUGCAUAAUUUGCAAAGAUGGGCAUUAAAUGAAAUGGAUAAUGUGUUAAAAA